ACCGCGCAUGCGCAGUGAGGCUGGGGCUUCUGCUGCACUACUGGGCUGGCGCAUCGGGCUAGCUAGCUGAUAACUUGAGAUGGAUGUGUUCUUAAUGAUCCGGCGUCACAAGACCACCAUUUUCACAGACGCCAAGGAGUCCACCACAGUGUAUGAGCUAAAGCGAAUCGUUGAAGGAAUUUUAAAGAGACCACCUGAGGACCAGCGGCUCUACAAAGACGACCAGUUGCUGGAGGACAGCAAAACUCUGGGAGACAGCGGAUUCACCAACCAGACUGCCAGACCGCAAGCACCGGCUACUGUGGGUCUGGCUUUUCGAGUCAAUGAUGAGAUGUUUGAGCAGCUGCACAUCGAGGCCUUCUCCAGCCCCCCAGAGCUCCCCGAUGUGAUGAAGCCUCAGGACUCCGGUAGCACUGCCAAUGAACAAUCCGUGCAGUGAUGCGCGCCCCAUCCGCCAGGCGACGCACUUGUGGAAGUCGGUGUGGGUGCGGGGCGCGUGUGGGAUUAACUGCAGUGAAGAAGUCGUGGGGUGGAGGUUAUGUAGUGUUAUUUCAGUUGAGGAACGGGGACAUUAUGGGUAACGGCGCCCGUCCAUGUUACCAUCAUGCUAUCAUCGCAGCACCCCCCCCCCCCCCCCUCGCUCCCAAUUGUCUUCACGUGUCAGGUUUUUCGGUAUAUAUGAGUUCCGCUCCUUGCUUUGGAAAGUGUGAAUGUAUGCGUGUGUGUGCGAGAGUUAUUCUAAUUAUUUUCAUUCAUAAUUUUGGAGGAUAAAAUAAAAGUGCAAGUAUAGUAGUCCUUUUUAGAAGUAACCUGCAUGGGUAAGGAGUGUGGCGUGUAACUGGGCAAACUGCAUGACCCGAGGGCUUUAUCUUCAUACAAACGGAUGAACGUGUUCUAGUUUCCUUAUUUCUGGUCUUCCAGUUUUGUUCGACUCAUUUCUGGUGUCCCACCAGGAAGAUUGUCUUUUUUUUCACCCCCCGUGUGUGGUCACUGUAUUUCUUCUUCUGUACAUUUUCCUUAGACCAAAGGCGGGUAUCUCUCGGACACCGGAGAAAAGCUAUUUUUGGAGAUUUUUGCCACAAAGUUCUGGAAAUUGUUCCGUCACACGUCAUCCUUUUUCAGCAAACCCCCCAUACAAAAAUACCCUGUAACUGUGAGCUUGCUUAAUUAAAGGUUUUGCGUUUUUGUUUUUUACAA